UUUUAAAGUUUAUUCCUACGCCUGAACAUAUCUAAACUCCGUAAAGGCUGCAGAAACCCCUAGUCCUAAAACCCACAGAAAUUUCAUCGUCUUAAAUUGAAAAAUCGGAACAAAAUAAUGUCGGAUAGAGAAGAAGUUGACAGCGACUCGGGUGCUCCAGAGGAGUUUACAGUCCAGCAGGGAAUACAAAAGGACGAGGAGAUUAGGAAAGUCCAAAAAGAAAAUAAGGCCAGAGUUGUUCGUGAAGGUAAACAACGUCGCAGAAAAUGGGCUGAAAAAUUGACUCCACGACCAUCACGCAGAGAUGGCAGCGCCAAAAAGAAAAUAAAAACUGAAGGAAUGCUACCAGAUGAUAUUGUCCAACAUGUUGCAGCCAUUGAGAAGGCAGUUAAUAAGAAGAAAGUGUUCUUAUCUGACUCUGAAGACGAGAAAGCUGAGGAGAAGAAUGCUUCUAGAAAGAAAAGGACGAAAGAUUCUAGGCUAGAUAUUGCUAUGUUAAACGACCGGCCUGCUCACUGUCCACAAAGUUCACUGGACUUUUUGAAGAAACGAAAGAUGCAGGUUGCGAGAUCUUCAGCUGUUUUGAACAAUUCAAACCAAGCACUACGCCUCCUUUGCUCAUCUGGCUUGCUCAAAAAAGAUUGGAGAUGAAUGGCUGUACACCUUAGUAUGCAAUGAUCUGACAUGUUAUUCUAGCGUCUCCUGUUGCCCACAUAACAAGCAUAAAUCAGUAAGACUGUAACUACAGUGGUUUCAUUUAUUUAAACCCUUAGAAAGGUGGCAUUUUACUAUGUUGAAUUAAUGGUUGGAUUUGACUUAAAUUUUGAUGGUGGGUAAAUGUGGUUAAAAUUAAUGGUGGUUAAAUGUGUGGUUGGAUUUGAUUUAAAUUUUUAGCUGAACGAAACAAGGGCUUAGUUAUCACCAAAUAGUUUAGAGGUGGACCUGCCUGAUGUAUGAACUAAAGGAAUACCUAAAUAUGAUUUGGGUUUUCCUUGUGACAGAUUA